AUGAUUUCGGCUAGGCCCCCCGUCAAACCGGCAAGGAAGCGCCGCAUCGCGGUCCUAACUUCCGGCGGCGAUGCUCCUGGAAUGAACGGCGCUGUCCGCGCUGUUGUACGCAUGGCAAUCCACAGCGGUAGCGUGGCCUUUGCCGUCCACGAAGGCUACGAGGGCCUGGUGGCGGGUGGUGAUCUAAUCAAACAGAUGAACUGGGAAGACGUCCGAGGCUGGCUGUCACGCGGAGGAACCUUGAUCGGCUCGGCUCGAAGCAUGAGAUUCCGCGAACGCUCUGGUCGUUUGGCUGCAGCAAAAAAUCUGGUCUUAAGGGGAAUUGACGCGCUGGUCGUGUGUGGUGGAGAUGGAAGCUUGACUGGUGCUGAUGUCUUUCGUUCCGAAUGGCCUAGCCUGUUACUGGAGCUUGUCAAGUCUGGGGAUCUCACGGAAGCUCAGAUCACACCAUAUACCUCGUUAAACAUCGUUGGCUUGGUCGGUUCCAUCGAUAAUGACAUGUCCGGCACAGAUGCAACCAUCGGUUGCUAUUCUUCCCUCACACGAAUUUGCGACGCCGUUGACGACGUUUUCGAUACAGCCACCUCUCACCAGCGAGGUUUCGUUAUCGAGGUGAUGGGCAGGCAUUGUGGCUGGCUGGCAUUGAUGUCUGCUAUCAGUACUGGAGCGGACUGGCUUUUCAUACCGGAGAUGCCACCCCGCGAUGGCUGGGAGGAUGAUAUGUGCUCUGUCAUUACAAAGAAUCGAGAACGUGGCAAGCGACGAACGAUUGUUAUUGUCGCCGAAGGUGCUCAGGACCGUCAUCUCAACAAAAUUGGUUCUACAACAGUUAAAGACAUUCUUAGUACGCGAUUGGGCUUGGAUACUCGGGUUACAGUCCUCGGUCACACGCAGCGCGGAGGACCACCUUGCGCUUAUGACCGAACCCUCUCUACUCUCCAGGGCGUAGAGGCCGUCAAAGCCGUCCUCGACGUCGCGCCAGAUGCUCCUUCUCCGGUUAUUAUCAUUCGAGAAAAUAAGAUUGAGCGAAUGCCGCUUAUGGAAGCGGUCAAACAAACACAGGAAGUCGCUGCUCGGAUCAAAGCCAAAGACUUUGAUACGGCUAUGGCUCUGCGUGACUCUGAAUUCAAGGAGUAUUAUUCGGCUUACAUGAAUACGACCUCCGUCGAUCAUCCCAAGAUGCGUGUCUCCGAGGAGAAGCGAAUGAGAGUUGCCAUUGUCCAUGUUGGUGCUCCAGCUGGCGGCAUGAACCCAGCCACGAGAGCCGCUGUUGGUUAUUGCCUAACACGUGGACACACGCCUAUUGCCAUCCAUAACGGCUUUCCGGGUCUUUGUCGUCAUCACGCUGACAAGCCUAUCGGCUCAGUGCGUGAGGUCAGUUGGCUCGAAUCAGAUAAUUGGGUUAACGAAGGAGGCUCGGAAAUUGGUACCAACCGUGGGCUACCAGGCGAUGACCUCGAAAAUACUGCAAAAGCAUUUGAGAUGUAUAGAUUUGAUGCACUUUUCAUUGUCGGUGGAUUCGAAGCUUUCACUGCAGCCAGUCAGCUGCGCAAGGCUAGGGAUUACUACUCGGCAUUCAAAAUUCCCAUUACCGUCUUGCCGGCGACAAUUUCCAAUAAUGUGCCUGGAACAGAGUACUCGCUGGGUAGCGACACCUGCCUGAACACCCUGAUUCAAUUCUGCGACGCCAUCAGACAGUCGGCAUCGUCUUCGCGGCGACGUGUCUUCGUGGUCGAAACCCAGGGCGGUAAAUCCGGAUACAUUGCCACAACUGCUGGCCUUGCAGUCGGUGCCGCCGCUGUAUACAUUCCCGAAGAAGGAAUCAACAUCAAGAUGCUAUCUCGCGAUAUUGAGUUCCUCCGGCACAACUUCGCCACUGACCGCGGCGCCAACCGCGCUGGCAAGAUCAUUCUACGCAACGAAACCGCCUCUAACACAUACACGACACAAGUCAUCGCAGACAUGAUCAAAGAAGAAGCUAACGGCCGAUUCGAAUCUCGCGCCGCGGUACCCGGUCAUUUCCAGCAAGGCGGCAAGCCGUCUCCAAUGGACCGCACCCGGGCUAUGCGUAUGGCGAUUCGGUGUGUUCAACAUCUCGAGGCAUACGCCGGUAAAUCUAAAGACGAAAUCGCUGGAGAUGACUACUCGACAGCUGUGAUUGGUGUCAAGGGAUCGCGGAUUCUCUUUUCGCCGAUGGGUGGACCAGGUGGUCUUGAAUUCAAGGAUACCGAUUGGGACAGACGUCGUCCCAAGAACGAGUUCUGGCUAGACCUUCAGAAUCUCGUUGAUAUACUAAGUGGACGAUCAAACUAUGGCAAUGACAUUUUGGCGGGCCGUACCGAAGAUUUAGCAAACCAAGGAAGUACGUGA